UUUUUUAGGUGCCUGAAUAUUCUUACUCCCUCGAUGAAGAGGGUAUUUGCGAACAUGCAUUUGAGUUGAUUUUUGCAUUUGAUGAAGUCAUCUCUCUUGGGCACAAGGAAAAUGUGACUGUUGUACAAGUUAAGAACUACUGUGAGAUGGAGAGUCAUGAAGAGAAACUGCACAAACUUGUUAUGCAGAGCAAAAUCAAUGAAACUAAGGAUGUUAUGAAGCGGAAAGCUAGUGAGAUUGAUAAAAGCAAGGUUGAAAAGAACAAAGCGGAUAAAGGGGGAUUUGGUCCCUUACAGUCACUAGGCUCUGGAAAAAUUGAAAAUAGCCUUAGUGAUUUGAGCAUAUCUAGCAGCGGAACUGCUUUUGGAAGUGGCUCUGGUCUCGGAUUUAGUUCUGAUGUUGAUUCCUUUCCUACCAAGUCUAAAGGUCGUCCUACAUCAUCUGCUACUGCUCCACCAAAAGGUCUUGGAAUGAAGCUUGGUAAAUCCCAAAAGGCAAAUCAGUUUUUGGAAUCAUUGAAAGCAGAAGGUGAGGUCUUUCUUGAAGAUGUUCAGCCAAAACUUGGCCAGUCUCAGGCAGCUGCCCCACCACCUACGGAUCCCAUCACUUUAACUGUUGAAGAGAAACUAAAUGCGACACUAAAGCGAGACGGUGGAAUCGGUAAUUUUGAUGUUCAAGGCACAAUGUCCCUCCAAAUUCGCAGCAAAGAGGAUGGACAUAUUCAAGUUCAGGUCCAGACUGGUGAGAAUCAAGCCAUUAUUUUCAAGACACACCCCAACAUGAAUAAAGAAUUAUUUGCCAAUGAAAAUAUACUAGGCCUAAAGGAUCCCAAUAGACCUUUCCCCACUGGUCAAACUGGUGGUUCUGAAGGUGUCGGUCUCUUAAAGUGGAGAAUGCAAAGCACUGAUGAAUCAAUGGUACCGCUGACAAUCAACUGCUGGCCUACUACUUCUGGAAACAAUACUUCUGUCAGCAUCGAGUAUGAGGCUUCUUCAAUGUUUGAUUUGCGGGAUGUUUUGAUUUCAGUACCUCUUCCAUCUCUUCGGGAAGCACCAUCUGUUAACCAGAUUGAUGGGGAAUGGAGGUAUGACUCCAGGAAUUCCCUUUUAGAGUGGUCUAUCCUUCUGAUUGAUAAUUCAAACCGCAGUGGAUCAAUGGAAUUUGUUGUUCCGCAAGCUGAUGCAUCAGCAUUCUUCCCCAUUUACAUUCAUUUUAUGGCAACAGAUACAUUUAGCAAACUGAAGGUCACCAACACCAUACCGCUAAAGGGUGGUAAUCCUCCUAAAUUUUUUCAGCGGACACAGUUGAUCACAGAAAACUACAUGGUUGUGUGAUUCAUUUUCUCCCUCUUGAGGCUGAACCAUGACAGGUUGGCUUUUACCAAUGCGAUUCUUUUACCAAAGGGUUUUCCUUCACCACGUUGCAUCAUUUAUUAAAUUCGACUCAGUUUAUUUGCAAGCGCAGUCCAAAGUAAGAAAUUUCACAAUUUGAAACUUAAAAAUCUCUUUUUACUUCUUAGCUUCUAUAUUUUAUACGGUGGGAUGCCAUUCCCAUCUCUCUGUCCUCUGAAUUUGAGAAUGGAAUAAAUAAAAUAUGUUGUUACAC